AUGGCUGAAUUGUCGGAUAUUAAAAUUCGUAUUCGCUAUCACAUUACAAUUAUGGGAAAUAUAGUGUCGAUGAGCCUGCAUGCCGACGAGAAGAUAAAAUCACACGCAUCACAAUCGAUGGGCUUGACUUCUUCAAUCAGCUCAUCGCAAGUUCCCCAAGACCUUCCUGCUGCCCUGCUCACAGCCCAAUCUCGACCGGGAUGUCGCAUACUUGCCACUACCAAACGCGCGGCCCAAAAUCGUGCUGCUCAACGUGCCUUCCGUCAACGUAAAGAUAGGUACAUCAAAGAUCUCGAAGCUAAAGCAAAGGAACUAGAAUCACUCAAACGCCGUCUAGAGCAGGCUGAAAAAGAAAAGGAAGAAAUGAAGUCUACCAUAACAACACUCAAAGCAGAAGUUGCUAAAUUAAAGGGUGAAGCAGAGGAUGAUAAAAGCAGAGGUGAGAUCAAUAGCAACAGUAGCUCCAGCAUCAACAGUCCGUUCACUCCAAACGGAUCCAGUGAGGAUGAUCUAAACGGAUUAGGAGAAGAUCCUUGGAUGAGGAAACGCAAGAAUGCAUUCUAUAAUGAGCGUUCACCACCCGCAUAUCAGUCACCACCAUCUCAUCCUCGGCCGAGUCAUGUAGACACUGCCCGUCCUUCUUCGACAGCAGCGACGACAAAUUCUAGCGCAUCUCCCACCAACGCAUCUAACGCGUCUACUAGCCCAACAAAUUCUUGUCAUUACGAUCUUAACCGAAAUGAUUAUCGCUCAUAUCCUAAUUCGCCAACGUCCGAUACACGACGACCGUUCAGCAGCUGUGUGAAUAAUGCACAGUCCCGUUCUAUUGUUAGCGAAGAUGAUCCGGCUGAGCGAGUGAUGAUACCCGAUGAUUUGUGUGAAAUGCUGAGAACUCGAAGUCAUCCCGAUAUACACGCUAGCGUGGGUGUUUCUUUUUGGGCAAGCAGAAAUCCCGCACCUGUUGUUGCAGGGAAUGGUAGCAAUGCUGUUGUUGGAUGA